CUAUGUAUUUUUAACAGCUUAGCUCUACUUUCUUUUUACUCUUUUCUCCCAUCUCUACUUUCCUUUACAACUCUCCAUUGAAGAAAUUCCCAAAGAAAAAUGGAGCUUCCCUUUGGGAAAUACUCCACUUCACCGCAAAGAACCCCAAGAAUAUUCUUACUUUUAGUUUUAGCAGUUGUCGUUUUGGGUAUUAUCCCUCUUUAUCACCCAUUUAAUUGGUACCCAGCAGAUAUAGCAACCCAACAUCCCUCUGAAAUUUCACCCAAUUACCAUGCUGCUGAGGAGCAAAAGAUAAAGAUUAAAGAGCCGGAGACCUGCGAUAUCUUCACCGGCGAAUGGGUCUGGAAUCCGGAUGCUCCAUAUUACACGAAUACGACCUGUUAUGCGAUCCAUGAACACCAAAAUUGUAUGAAGUAUGGAAGACCCGAUAUGGAUUAUUUGAAGUGGAGAUGGAAGCCUAAUGGGUGUGAACUACCCAUUUUUAACCCGUUUCAGUUUCUGGAUUUGGUUAGGAACAAAUCGUUGGCACUUGUCGGUGAUUCAGUUGGAAGAAAUCAAAUGCAGUCGUUGAUAUGCCUAUUGGCUCGGGUGGAAUAUCCUGUUGAUAUAUCUGAUAAUCCAGAUGAAGCUUUCAAAAAGUACAAAUACACAACUUACAACUUUACAUUAGCAACAUACUGGUCGCCAUUUUUGGUGUCAACGAAAGAAGCAGAUGCAGAUGGUCCAAGCCAUACUGGAGUCUACAACCUUCACCUUGACGAAGCAGAUGAGAAAUGGACCGCCGAAAUUGAAGGAUACGACUAUGUCAUCUUAAAUGCCGGCCACUGGUUUGCCCGGAUCAGUGUCUACUUUGAGAACAGCCAACGAGUUGGCUGUAGGUACUGCGGAAUACCAAAUGUUUCCGAACUCCCACUUACCUAUGCCUACCAAAGGGCAUUCAGAACUGCUCUUAAAGCGAUCAACAACUUAGAAAAUUUUAAGGGGGUGGCGAUUCUUCGCACUUUUGCACCUUCUCAUUUUGAAGGUGGGGAAUGGAAUAAGGGAGGUGAUUGUGCAAGAACAAGGCCGUAUAGAAGUAACGAGACCGCGUUGGAGGGUCAAAGCUUAGAGCAAUACAGGAUCCAACUUGAAGAGUUCAAGGUUGCGGAGAAAGAAGGGAAGAUGAAGGGGAAGAAAUUCAGAAUGAUGGACACAACACAAGCCAUGUUGUUGAGACCAGAUGGUCACCCAAGUAAAUAUGGGCAUUGGCCAAAUGCCAAUGUGGUAUUGUAUAAUGACUGUGUUCAUUGGUGCUUGCCGGGUCCUAUUGAUUCUUGGGCUGAUAUCUUGUUUCAUAUGUUCAAGAUGGAGGGCACCAUUUCCCUAGAGGAAAAGCUUCAAUGAGAGCCAAAUCAUACAAUGUACUCUGAUUUUUUAGUUGCUUCAUUUAUUUUUAGAAUGAUUGUGAAUUACAGAGGAACUCUGUUACCUGGAUCAUUAUGGUUGGGGCACCGUUAGAAAAGUUGGGGCAAAAAAAGCCUUGUUGAAUUUUUAUAGAACAGAUGUUAUUUCUCAAUUCUCCCCAUACACCAAAGGGAACAUAUGGUUCAAGUUUACCAAAGCCAGCCCAUUACUUGCAGGAAUGGAAUAUUUCUGUUAAGAGAGGACUCAUAUUGACGGCACUACAAGAUAUGGUUAAAUUAUGUUACUGACUUGAGUUGUUUUUUCUAUGGUGGAAGAAGGGUGUUUGCAUGGUACGUAUGGUAUUGAAAACUUCAAUUUCAUAAUUAGUUUUUGUUUUUGAAAA